AUGGUGCACAUAUCAACUGAUUUUUCUGAAUAUGAUAAUUCUUCGGCUCAUGAUGUUAAUUACGUGAAUUUCAAUAUGAAACUUAUGAGAAAUAAUCUGGCUUCUAGUCUUGAAAAGUUUUGGCAGUGUGUAGAAGUCAAAGCUGAAGAUUAUAUGCUCAAAAAUAGUGUUAACGAAAUUAAUAUUCAACGGGAGGAAUUUAUCAGUUUUUUAGAGGGAUCAAUUCAACAAAGUCAUGUAAUUCGUGGUUAUUCCUCUAAAUUGCAAUUAUUUCUUAACUGUUUUCGAGAGAAUUCUCUCUCAAUCGAUGAAUAUCACAAAGAAUUAGAAUCAUUACUAAAUGAUACUAAAACAAACCUAAAAUCAGCAGAAAUGUUGCAAGCUCAAGUUAGAAAAAUUAAAAAUGAAUUAGUAAAAAUUGGUGAUGACAUUAAUAGUUAUCAGGAAAAUAUUCAGCAUGAUCCAGAAAACGUUCAAUCAAAAUCUAAAGAUGACUUUGAUAAAACUAAAACUAAAAUGAAGACUUCGGCCUUUUUCCGUAAUGUUGGUAUUCUAAGUGGAAUUGUUGGAUUGGUAGCUGGAAAUGUGGCUCUUAUUAUAGGUGGCGCAAGUACAGGUAUAGGAAGUGAAAUUUCUCGAAAAAACUAUCUAUCUCAAAGUAAUGAUAUCAGAAAGCAAUUAGUAAAAGAAAGUGAUGAAUUAAUAACUUAUAUUGAUAUUGUGGCAACAAAUUUCGAAUCAAUUAAAACAGCAAUGGGACAACUCAUCGGAUAUUGGGAAAUUCAAUCAACGACUAUUUAUGAUCUUUUGGAUAAAUUAAAUUCUGCAAGAAAUGAGCAGAAUUUUAAUAAUAUGCUUAUGAGAGUGAUUGAUAAAACUAUAAAAGACUUAGAAUCUGAUGAACUCUUUUCUAAAGAUUUUUGUGUCUCAGUCAGAGCCUUAAUGGCUAAAUAUGAGUUGAAGUGUAUGUAA